CGAAAAUAUAAUAUAAAUUUAAAAUAUUUACUUCUCAUCGAGCUUGAAGGUCGGAAGAAUGACAAAAUUCCAAUUGAAUUAUGGGAUAUUAUUGAGUUAUCUAGUGCUCAAAGAAGACAUACAAUUAAGCAUACUGCAUUGCGUCCUAACAUGGAUAGAAUUAUUGAAAGCGUUCAGACUGUCCUACAAUUCGAAAAAAAAUUUAAAUUAAAGACUCGUGUAUUGAAAGCUCUCAAGGUGUCAUAUCACAUAACAUCCAAAGCAGGUGGCACAGUUAAACUUCGUGAAGGUGAUGGAACCUUCGAGAUCGAAAGUUUGUCAGAAGCGGUAAAACACUUUAAUGUUGAAUGGUGGUUGCAUUUGUUCAACAAUAGAGGUAUCAAUUUCGCAAACCAAACAAUUCAAAAAGAACUUGUAAAUACAAGUAGAAAUCAAGGAAUUGUUGUAGAAGCUCGCAUAUUGAAAGCUCUCAAAGUAUCAUAUCACAAAGCAGGUGGCACAGUUAAACUUCGUGAAGGUGGAUGGAACCUUCGAGAUCGAAAGUUUGUCAGAAGCAAGCCAAACAUUCAAAAAGAACUUGUAAAUACAAGUAGAAACCAAGGAAUGGUGCAGACG